AUGUACUUGGCGGUAGCACUGGCGAUGGUUGGAGCCGCGACGUUUGGGCUGGACCAGGGGAACUUUGGGAAUGUCCAGGCUUUUGAAUCUUUCCGAGCGGAGUGGUGUGUUGGCAGGUAUGGGGAUGCCGAGAGUUGUAGCGAGCUGGGAUCCUUGCAGAACGACCGCUGGCAGGACUUUGUGACCUGGGGCGCCAGUUUGAUUACCUUUGGUGCGGCGGCUGGCGCAGUGCUGCUAGGACCAUUCGUCACUCACCAGCUGGGCCGAAAGCCAUGUAUCCAGAUGGGAGGUGCAGUCUGCUUCAUGGGCUGCCUAAUGGCCUCCUACUUGUCCUUCCACAAUGUGGCGGAGUUUUUUCUAGGGCGAUUCAUCACUGGGCUGGGUGUUGGACUCAGUUGCUUCGCUCUGCCACUCUACAACGCGGAAAUUUCAACUCCGCAGAUUCGCGGUGCCACCGGGUCCAUCUUCCAGUUGAACGUGGUGAUCGGAUGCUUCGUCUCGUGUUUGGUGACGCUCUUGGACGAUGACUGGUACUUCGGCAUGGUGCUUCCAGGCCUGGCAGGUGCUUUGCUGGUGCUGGGCGGCUUCUUCCUCCCAGAGUCGCCACGCUUUCUCAUGGAGAAGAUGGUGCAUCAACAUCCGGAGGAGGCCUUCAAAUGUGGCCUGCGAUCUUUGAAGCGCAUCAGAUCAGGUGAUGUGAAACCAGAGGCUGAUCAGAUCUUUGAGCAAAUCAGAGCAGAGAUGGAGACGAAGCACAUGGGGUUUCGUGAUCUCUUCCGGGAUCCUAACCUGCGAAAGCGCGUUCUCAUCGCUUGCACCUUGGUGAUUGGACAGCAGGCCACUGGUGUGAAUGCCUUUUUGGGCUAUGCAGCCACACUCUUCAAAGAGUGUGGCAUUGAAAAUCCCAUUUUGUUUGAUUCCAUCUUCAACAGCAUUAUGAUUUUGGGUUGCAUUGCUGGGUUGCUGCUGGUCGACUCACCCUAUGCUGGCCGGCGGUCGCAGCUACUCGUGGCCACUGCCUUGAUGGGACCACCUUUGACCAUUGCUGGCUUUGCCUUGAGAUUCGGCUGGCCACGCAUCAUCACCAUGGCCUCUGUGAUCAUCUACGGCGUUGGUUUCCAGUUUGCCUGGGGUACCAUCCCGUGGAUCUACCCUGCCGAGAUCUUUUCCAUGUCCGAGAAAGAGUCGGCCGUGAGCUGUGCGGUGGGUGUGAACUACGUGGCGAAUGCGGCGGUCGUCUACCUGACACCUGGGUUGAUGAAGUGGUCAACACCAGGUACUCUGCAGAUCUUUGGUCUGCUGAACAUCUUGAACGCCCUUUUUGUCUUCCUCUACAUCAAGGAGACCAAAGGUGUCCCCUUGGAAGACAUCCCAAAGCUCUUCCGGCCGCGGAGCGCGAGCACGAGCGUGCGUUUGAAGGCCGUCAAGGCUGCACCGGUCUGCGUGGUGCCGGUGAAGGAUACCCGAGAGGACGUGAAAAGAGCGGUUUCGGGCCGAGGGGUGGAUGGUAGGAACAAGGACGCUACUAGGAACAAGGGCCUUACUAGCAGUAACAAGAAGCUAGUAGAAACAAGAAAAGUAGUAGCCUGGGCUCACACUUUGGAUUGCCUGGGCUCCAUGACAUCUUUCCAUGCUCUGCCACCUUUUCCAGGGGGUUGGUUGCAUUCGGAGACUCGUAAGUCUUGGAUUCAAGGGAGAUUUUGUCGAUGA